AGAGAGAGCCGUCUGGAAGAUUGAAAAAUUCGAGAACGCAUUAUCGUUUUUAUACAUAUUAUAUGGGGACUGUUCUCAGGACAAGUGAGUUAUUAACACAUUUUUUUUACAUGAUUCGUAUCUUAUUCAGGAACCAGCGAGCCAUGGUGGAUAUGAUGCCAUGGCGGUUGUUCUCGCUUCCUCGGUUAGGAACGUGGCUGAGUCUGCAGAUUUUAUGUUGUGACCAUCUAUAUUUAAAAAAUUUGGUUGGUGCUGCCAUAUACCUUACAGACUAUCAUGGCUCACAAAGGUAUGCUUAUAAAUCUCAUGUAAAUCAAUUAAUACUUCUGCUGCAGUGCCUAACAAGUUAAGUUACCUAAUUCUUAACAUGAAUAUUGAAUGCUACAAUUUUAUCCGUUCUGAUCCGUGUUCAACAUUCAAUUCCCAAAUCCGGCCCGCCCAGAUCCGUUCUAUUUUUCCAAAUUUGGGAUCCAAUCCUAUCCGGUCCACGGAUUUAUCCAUGGAUAACGGAUUUAUCCGGCCCAUGAAGUGUUCUACUUUCAAUGCCGGGACAAUGUCGGGACAUCAGACGGCGAUGCUUCCAGCACGGUGUGGCAAUACGGGUUCGCAGCGAGGGUGGAGGCGCGGAGUAGCCGACUGGUGCAGAUGUGGUCGUUAUUUGGCCGCGGGUGGGGGUCGCUGUGCUACCGUGGGUGAUGACACGGGUCGCGGAUGGGUGACGGCAGGAGGUGGGGAGCGAGCCGCACGCAGGCGCCGCCGCCGCCGCCGCCGACGGGGCUAGGAUCGCCGACAGCGACAGUCGGCCGCCGCUCGCCGUCCCAGCGGUGUCCCGCCCCCGAGUCGGACGGUGCUGCAGGGUGCCGGAGACCUGACCCGACCCGACUACCGGUGACUGACAACAUCCACGUCCCCGCUGGUGCUCCGUAACUGAUCAUGUGGUGACGUGAGACACAUUGGUGCCGCAGGGCGUCGUGCCCGGUGCUGUAAUCGGCCAACAGCUCUAACCAGAGCACAGCCCAUCGCCCCGAACAAUCGCCGUUUAACUGCGAAAGUCAAAACUAGUGAGAGCUUUACACUUAUGUGGUGUUGAAACAGAUGCAUCCGCACGAAUAUACCGUCGAUUAAGCGAUUACUGAUACCGCUAGUGCAGUUACAGUGGUUUAGCUUACACGAGGCUUCCCCGAUGACCGAAGGCACGCGCUUCAAUAGAGGCUCAUCGGGCAGCGCGGACCUGGCGAGCUGACUUCUCAGACCUCAGAGUGGCCAGCGGCGCCGGUGUGGGUCGCAUCAGCGGCCCGUAGGCCGUGCUGAGCUGGUGAUCAGCAGGUGGUCAGCAGCAGGUCAGCAGACGGUCAGCAGGCGCUGGACCAGUCCUCAGAGACGGCGGUAUGGGCAAGAAGAACUCCAAGCUGAAGCCGGAGACGGUGGAAACCCUGAUGACGAUGACCUACUUUUCGGAAAAAGAGAUCCGGCAAUGGCAUAAAGGCUUCUUGAAGGAUUGUCCAGACGGCCUCCUUACAGAGCAGGGGUUCAUCAACAUAUACAAGCAGUUUUUCCCGCAGGGCGACCCGACCCGGUUCGCCACUCUCGUGUUCCGGGUGUUCGACGAAAACAAGGACGGCAGCAUCACGUUCGAGGAGUUUAUCCGAGCGUUAUCCAUCACGUCAAGAGGAAGUCUGGACGAAAAACUACACUGGGCGUUCCGGCUGUAUGACGUCGACAACGAUGGCUUCAUCACGCGCGCCGAGAUGUACAACAUUGUCGAGGCCAUCUGCCAGAUGGUGGGCCAGCCGAUAGACGGCGAGAAGAGCUCACAACGCGUGGACAAGAUCUUCGACUCGAUGGACAAGGACAACGACGAAAAGCUGACCCUGGAGGAGUUCAAGGAGGGCUCCAAGGCCGACCCUCGCAUCGUGCAGGCGCUCAGCAUCUGCGACUCCAACAACUGACAGUCGUCGGGCGGCGGGCGGCGCGAGUACCUCUGACCGCCCCCGCCGCCGCCCCCGCCCACCGAGCCGCCGCUGUGCCACCGGCCACGGGUGGUCUGUGGCCUCGGCUGAGGUCGGCCGGCUGACGUCUACUUUGCACUGAGGGCCGGUCUGUGGCCUCAGCUGAGGGCUGCCUGACGGCUCUGGUGGACUGAGGGCCGGUCUGGGGCCUCGCCUGAGGUCGGCCGGCUGACAGCUCUAGUGUGGACUGAAGGCCGGUCUGUGGCCUCAGCUGAGGAGGGCUGCCUGACGGCUCUGGUGUGGACUGAAGGCCGGUCUGUGGCCUCAGCUGAGGGCUGCCUGACGGCUCUGGUGUGGACUGAGGGGUCAGUCGGCGAAGCGGGAACGGUCAUGGACAGGGGCAAAUAUGCCAAAUGCCAGCGAGAUUCGAUCGGGUUGUGGCGCAAAGACAGUGACAUCGCUGAGGGCAAGUGGAAGAAUGUAGCCGAUAGCAGACUGUGAGCGGGCGGACAGCUCAGAGGGGUACUGAGCGGCGGGCGGACAGAUCAGCGGGACAGUGAGCGGAGAGGGGACAGCUGGGACAGUCAGCGGGAGGAGGACAGUGCACAGCGGUCUUGCAUCCUGUGACGGUGCCGAUGGUGAGAGGACAGUCAGCGUCCGGGUCGCCGGCCCCAGUCCGUCAGCAGUUUUCUGACUGUAUAGCAAAUUGCGACGGCGGGGAUUAGAGGCACGCGCCGAAAUCCAAUUCACGCGAGUGUUCGCGCCAAUGACAGACGAGUGUGUGUCUUAUCGCUACACUGGAGAUCAACAGCUGGGAGAGGAGCGCAAAGAGUGUGAGCUGAGGGCAGACGUGCCGUGUCUAGUAACCUGCGCCGUCAUCUGUUGGAGAGAGUGGGUGUCAGCCCGGCGCUGUCUUGAGUGUCCUGUUAGACGACGAGCAGUGAGAGCUACCGGCUUAAUCGAGUGACAUGCCUCCUGAGACCCCGUGACGAAAGGCGCAACCUGCGGGACGUGCCCAGCAGUGUGUUAAAACCUGUCCGGUAUCAUGACCUCAGUCAUGCUGUAACAAAUCUUCUUGCUAUUCCAUUCCGAUGUUGACGGGAAGUUUGCUGGCGGCGCUGUGUUCCCGCAUCUGUCUACGGUCGGUGAGCCACGCCGCUUCUCGUGGCCGUUAUGCAUGGCGGGUCAUUCUAUCCGAUACAGCAAUGUGGAUCAGUUUCGGUGUGGCGAUGAACGAACAUCGUGCCUCGGCGAUACGAGUAGACGAGGCACAUCGCUUACUUUUGCAGUUGGAGGAGUAGAAAUUUGGCAAUACGCCCUAUAUAUUAGAGCUAAAUGUAUUUGAACAUUUCAUAUGAUGAAUAAAAAUAUUGAAGAAUGAAGUAAAUGCA